GGAAUCACUCGAGACUAUUAUACUUUCAUUAGAUAUUGAGCAUAACUAUUGAACACUUUCGUAUUUUUUGUCAAAUUAUUAUUAAUUAAAAAAUUUGUAAAAAUGCCGCAAAAUGUUUUCACAACCCUUAACGACUCGAAAUGGACGGCGAUUAAUAGGAUGACAAACGAGUCGACAAACGGAGCGCCGUUAGCCGUUGGCAACCAGACUCGCCAUCAGCGCAAAGUGAGCUCAACCACUGAGUUCAAAGAGCUCACCAAACGGGACGCUCAGCACCAGUUGGCCCAAGAGUUGGACAAAUUGUUGCGAACGGCCAACGCUAACAGCAAUGAGAAAUCCAUUUGCGAACUCGAGUUCAAAGGCUUUCAACAGUUGUAUAUGAAAUACCUUCAGGGCGUCGGACCCUCUGUCCAGUGGGAGAAGAUCGAGCCUCUGCCUGAAGACGCCGUCCGGAGCUAUGGGGCCCUUAAGUCGCCCCAAAAGGAUGCCAUCAGACAAAUGCUGAAUCAGUUGGUUGUGGUUAAGCUUAACGGUGGUCUCGGAACUGUUAUCAUAAUCGCAAACCAUGGCGACCGCAUCGACAUCCCGUCGGGCGCUAUACUCGAGUCAAAGAUAGUAUCGGGAAAUCUCCGUAUUCUCGAUCACUAAAGCAUGUGUUGUGUUGUGUUUUACAAUAGAUUUUAUUCUCAAAUAAGUGUUGACAAAGAGUUGUUUUAAGAUUUUAUCUGAAAAUAUCUGAUGAAUUCAUAUCCUUAUCAAUGAUUUUGUAGAUAUCUUUUUGUUUAAAAUGUUUUUAGAUUUUAUUCUAAUUUAAUAUACCGUAUAUACACAGUGUG